ACAGCUGUACGACAAAGGACGAAACACAGUGAAAAUUUAUCAAAAUACAAGAGCACACACGAACCAGCGACUGUGUGAGAGAAGGUCUGGGCAGUAGUGAGAUAAGUAGUGAACUGGAGUGAUCCCAAAAGGCACAUGACUAUGAACAGGCAGAUGAUACCAUGAGUGGCUUCCCUUCCAUCAUCGUCUCUCUAUAUGAAACGGGUGACGAUGAGGCGACGUGUGAUGUUGUGGACGUGCUUGGCAUUCUUAUACGUUAUCGUCCCUGUGUCGCUGCUCAUGGUUAAGAGAUUCUGGUUCGCGGUGGAGACGACCCUGGACGACUACCUAAAUGAUGACCACAUCAACUACGACUACUACGAGGACCUGCCAGAGGGUCUCCCGACGAUCAACAAGAGGCGGUUCUCAGUCACGCUCCUGCGGCACCUGCGGGAUAUAGUAAAACCUCACAGACCGCAGCUCAAGGGAUCAGGAGAUCGCAAGCUGGUGCUCUUCUGGACAACGUGGUUCGACAAAGCGUGGUGGCCCAAGGUGGCAGGAGCCAUAGACCUACUGGCCUCCCGCUGCCCUGAGACGCGCUGUGACUUCACUCACGACAGGAAGAAACUACACGAGGCUGCUGUACUCCUCUUCCAGUCAGAGAGGGUGAAUGUACAGGACCUGCCUGGAGGGGAGCGUGUGGCGGGACAGCGAUGGGUGUGGGUUCAUAUUGAGGCCCCGCCAGCCUCCAUCCGCGCCACCUCCAAGCUGCUACUGCCCAAGCGAGAUGGUUCAGGGCGGAGACGUGACCUGAGUGACCUCUUCAACUGGACCAUGACCUACCACACAGCCUCUGACGUCAUGGAGCCAUACGGAGCCCUCAUACCUCUGCCAGCGAAGGACAAGGAGGAGGAAGAGGUGGAGGAAGAGGAGGAGGAAGAGGAGGAGGAAGAGGAAUAUAUGGAGGAGGAGGAGAUGGCGGUGGUGCCUUUUGAGACUGGUAACUCGUCUGCUAGUUUCUCCUCCUCUUCCUCUUCUUCUUCCUCUUUUUCCUCCUCCUCUUCUUCCUCUUCCUCCUUACGUCCAGCCAUCCUCGAUCAAGAGAGCCUCGUCUACCGCUCCUACAUGACAGCUCUGACUCGAGGCUACUCCUUGAGUGACGUGGCCGGGCCCUCCUGGGUGCCUUAUGUUGACAGAGACCCUGCGGGCGUGGGAGAGGCGUGGGAGGCGUUCUUAUGGAGACCUAGACUAGUGGCGUGGAUGUCCUCUCACUGCCACGCGCCUUCACAUCGAGAAGACUAUGUGAAGGACCUGCGGCAAUAUGUGAACGUUGAUGUGUAUGGCUCUUGCGGCACGUUGAGGUGUGGCAGACGAAAUAAACACCGAGACGACCGCUGCUGGAGGCAGGUGUUAGCCCCCAGGUAUCUCUUCUACCUGGCCUUCGAGAACGCCGCCUGUGACGCGUACAUCACCGAGAAGCUGUGGACGCCUCUGAUCCAUGGUGUGGUGCCUAUCGUCCUGGGCGGGGCCAACUACUCGUCUUACCUGCCUCCACACUCCUACAUCGACGCCCUCGCCCUCUCGCCGGGACAUCUCGCUCGUGUCUUACAGGAUCUCCAGCAAUCCCCAGAGAGUUACGCUCGAUACCACCUGUGGAGGGGGUACUGGAUGGCCACAUUGAGGCCGCCCCUCUGUGAACUAUGUCAAAAGGCUCACAGCGACACCACGGUGGUCACACAACAGAACAUCCGCGGCUGGUGGAGUAGUGUAGGACGCUGUAGGAACCCUCUUGAAGGACUUGACUUCUCCUGACCAUUACUGAGUACAUGGCUUUUUCGUCCUCCUGACCACUGCUUCUGCCUGCUCUUGACCUUUGUCCUUAAGGUCAUUCGCUCCUAUCCACAUGACCUGUGACCUUACAUUAAACUUAGGAAUUUUAUAAGAUGUCAAUUAACAGGUAAUAUCAUUGAAGCUGUGUGUGUGUGUGUGUGUGUGUGUGUGUGUGUGUGUCCUUCCCAAAAAAUUAAUGAAUGUUGGUGUACACAGGUGUGUUUAGACCGCAUCACCUGGCAACAUAAUUAGAAUUACAGCAUGUGUACAUCCCAGAACCUACACACGCCAUCAAACCUGCCGUGUACAUGAGGUGGUCUUGUAGAUGUACACGUUAGAGUCAUCAGGUAAGAAGCUUGAUGAGUCUUCAACAAGUAACACCUGGUCAUAACACCUGACAGGUAACCAACUUUUUCCUCGCAGAUCAUUAACGUCAGGUAAAUGUACUGAAAAUAGAUUCAUACUAAUUUAUGUAUAUAUACCCUGUAUGCGUGUGUGUAUGCGUGUGUAUGUAAUAAUAAUACUACUACUACUAC